GGGCUUUGAUUAACUCUUCUUCACCCUUAUUUUGGAGUUAAAUCUCAGUUUCGUUUAUUCGAGUUUAUUGUGAUGGUGGACCUGAAAGAGCGUUUGCUUCCACCAAAACCUCAGUCAGCUAUAAACAUUAGAGAUGCUUCUUUUUGGCCAUCUGCCUCUGGACGCCAGCCUUUCCAAGGCAUGGAUUUAUCAGGGUUAAAGAAGCGUGGCCAAGGACUUCGAUCUUGGAUCCGUGUUGAUACAUUUGGGAAUUCGCAAGUAAUUGAGGUUGACAAGUUCACUAUGAUGCGUCGUUGUGAUCUACCUGCCCGGGACCUACGGCUUCUUGAUCCUUUGUUUGUUUACCCCUCGACAAUCCUUGGUCGAGAGAAGGCUAUUGUUGUAAAUUUGGAGCAGAUACGGUGUAUAAUCACUGCUGACGAGGUUCUACUCUUGAAUUCUCUUGAUAGCUAUGUUUUGCAGUAUGUUGUGGAGCUACAAAGGCGACUAACAAGUGGAGUAGGAGAGGUUUGGCAAUCUGAGGGUCCUGAGUUGAGCAGAAGAAGAAGCAGUAGGGGUUUUGACAAUGUAUAUGGGAGUACAUCCCCCGAUUAUUUGCCCUUUGAGUUUAGGGCGCUUGAAGUUGCUUUGGAAGCUGCCUGUACGUUCCUUGAUUCACAGGCAGCAGAGUUGGAAAUUGAAGCAUAUCCACUACUGGAUGAGCUUACAUCAAAGAUCAGUACAUUAAACUUGGAGCGUGUCCGCAGAUUGAAGAGCAGACUUGUUGCAUUGACUCGAAGAGUUCAGAAGGUUAGAGAUGAGAUAGAACAGCUAAUGGAUGAUGAUGGAGAUAUGGCGGAAAUGUAUCUUACUGAGAAGAAGAGCAGGAUGGAAUCAUCAUUCUAUGGUGAUCAGUCUUUGAUGGGAUUGAGAUCAAAUGAUGGACUUUCUGCUUCGGCUCCAGUUUCUCCUGUUUCUUCACCUCCCGAAUUACGCAGGCUGGACAAAAGCCUCAGCAUUGCAAGGAGCCGCCAUGAGAGCGUGAGGAGUUCAGAGAGCACUACAGAAAAUAUUGAAGAGCUUGAGAUGUUACUGGAAGCAUACUUUGUUCUCAUUGACAGCACCCUAAAUAAGUUGACUUCGCUGAAAGAGUACAUUGAUGACACAGAAGAUUUCAUCAACAUUCAGCUGGAUAAUGUUCGAAACCAGCUGAUCCAAUUUGAACUGCUAUUGACAACUGCGACCUUUGUUGUUGCUAUUUUUGGGGUUGUAGCAGGGAUAUUUGGUAUGAACUUUCCCAUAACUUUUUUUGAUUACCCUGGUGCAUUUAAGUGGGUCCUCAUAAUUACUGGGAUUUCUGGGAUCAUCAUAUUUUGUGCAUUUGUAUGGUUCUUCAAGUACAGAAGACUGAUGCCCCUAUGAAAAAAGAAAAAUAAAAACAAGAGAAAGAACUUUUGGCAUCAUUGUUGUUAUCAGUUUUAUGUACCCUGAAAUGUAUAUGGGAACUUAGAAAACCAAAACAGUUUUCUUUUGUUGCAAUUCCGUUUCAUCUUUCCCUACAAAUGCACCAUACAUUGGGAAAAUUGGAGGAAGAAAGAGACUGAAGCCAAGACGCGUGAGUGAUUGUAUCUGGUGUUAGAACAUAGAACUUGACAACCCCAGCUGACUCGGUCUUCUCGUUUCCCAUGGGUUUUGUCGUGCCCUCGAUCGGAUAUGUCUGUUUUGGACUCUUAUAUGAGAUCUUGAUUUUCAACUUCUGGCUUGGGGUGACAAACUUGAGGGACUGUGGUUGGUAAUGAAAGGUACCUACUGGAUUACGGAAAUGAUCUGAUCCGGUGCAGUGGGGGGAAGUUGAGUAUCCGGUUGAUUGAUCGUGAUAAAACUGAUAAAACGGUUUGUCUUAACAGGUGUGGCUGAAUCAAUCAAAGCCCAAGGAAAACUAUAUAUCAUUAUAUUGCAUGUAUAAUUGUUGGGUGUUUAUCACCUGUCCACAUCUUUAAAAUAAAAGAAUCAGACAUGAAAUCAA